AUCUUCGGACAGUUGUUCGCUCUCGGCUUCUCAACAUGAUCAUCCUCGACCGAACCUGGGUUCGUACUGCUCAGCGUUCAAUGCUCCCUUUUGGAGCUAUGAAUGGUGCAGCUACCCGCUUCUUGUACCACCUCACCCGAGCUCGUCGAAUGCAAUGGCUCGACUUCGCACACGACACAUUGCUUUAUGCGCCAUCCUUAUCCUAGGGAUAUACUUUUUCCUACCACGAGACAAUGCGCCGUCAUACCUCCCGCACUUCAGUUACGGCCCGUCAUCUCGAACCGGAACGCACGCGCUCGCGCAGCAUAUGAACGACCCGGCCCACAUCCCUGACAUCACCGCAUCGAACAGCAGCUUCGAUUGGAGCUCCGUCAAGUUCACUUACUCCCUACCUCAGACACCGCUUCUGCCCCCGCCUGUCGCCCACAGGCCACGUAUUCAGCACCGCUUCAAACCCGAUCGCGCAGAUGUCGCUGCUGUGCAAGAGCAAAGGCGCCUGAAAGUGAAGCGUGUCUUCCAAAAGAGCUGGGCAAGCUACAGAGCCAUGGCAUGGAUGAAGGAUGCCUUGAAGCCUAUAAGCGGAAAGUACGUGGACCAGUUCUCGGGCUGGGCGGCUACGCUGGUGGACAGUCUGGACACGCUGUGGAUGUUGGGCAUGAGAGAGGAGUUCUACGAAGCUGUGGAGGCUGUUGCCGCGAUCGACUUUGGCAAGAGCACCUCGGCUACUGUGAACACAUUUGAGACAUGCAUUCGCUACCUUGGCGGGUUCAUUGCCGCGUAUGAUCUGAGUGGGCAUCCUGUGCUCCUACAGAAGGCUGUCGAGGUCGGGGAUUUGCUGUACGCGGGCUUCAACACACAGAACGGCAUGCCUGUGGAUUUCAUCGAUUUCGAGACCGCGAAGGAGGGGACUGGCCUGAGAGUGGAGAGUCAGGUCGUCAGUGCCAGUCCAGGCACUAUCACGCUCGAGUUCAGUAGGCUGAGUCAGCUCACGGGCAACAACAAGUACUAUGCGGCGGUAUCGCAGGUCAUGGACCUAUUCCACGAGAACCAGAAUGCGACCCGUCUGCCAGGUAUGUGGCCGAUGAUGGUAUCAAUGAGCGAGAAGGACGUGACAUUCGGCUAUCAGUUCACUAUUGGCGGCAACGCAGAUUCUCUGUAUGAGUAUUUACCCAAAGCACAUGCACUACUUGGCUCGGCAGACCCCAGCUCGAAGAAGUACGAGGCCAUGUCUCGCUUCUUCAUGGAUACAGCCAUGAACAACCUUUUUUUCAGGCCCAUGAUUCCGGGAAGGGAGGAUAUCCUCAUCUCAGGCAACUGCGAUGUCUUGCAGGGUGGUCCACGCCUUGACCCUGAGAGUGAGCAUCUAUCAUGUUUCAUUGGCGGGCUUUAUGCCCUAGCUGGGCGUCUCUUCAACAGCGACGAGUAUCUAGAUGUGGGAUCCAAGCUGGCUCGUGGCUGCGCUUACGCAUACAAGUCCUUUCCCACUGGCAUCAUGCCGGAGCGCUACAACAUGGCUUUGUGUCCUGUCGAGAAUCACAGACGAGGCUGCGCUUGGGACGAGGCUGCCUUUGCCGAAGCAGCUGCGGACCGUCCACAACACAAGAUAGACCUCCCCAAAGGCUUCACUACUGCGAAGGACCCGCGAUACAUCCUCCGUCCUGAGGCUAUCGAGUCGAUCUUCAUCCUCUGGCGCAUCACCGGCGAUCCAUCGUGGCGCGACACAGCGUGGGACAUGUUUCAGGCCGUGGCAGGGGCCACGGACACGGUGUAUGCAAACGCAGCGAUUAUGGAUGUCAACGCACCAGGUGGAGGUGAGAAAGAAGACUAUAUGGAGAGCUUCUGGAUGGCGGAGACGCUCAAGUACUUCUACUUGUGCUUUGCAGAUACUGAUCUCAUCAGCCUGGACGAGUUUGUGCUGAACACAGAAGCGCAUCCAUUUCGUCUUUCGAAGGCCAAGCAAAGUUUCGAGAUCAAAGGCAAAGACAGGAGUUAGCAUUUGUUAGUUGUGAAAUAAAAGAAUAGUAGUCAGCA